AUGAAUGCGAUAAGUUGGAACUGUCGAGGUUUGGGCCAACCCUUGGCAGUUCCCGUUUUAAGUGAACUAGUGAGAGUUCACAAGCCUCAAUUUCUCUUUCUUUGCGAGACCAUUUCUUCUAGAGCUCGUAUGGAAGAGUUUCGUGUUCGGUUAAAGUUUGAAGGGUGUUUUGUUGUUGAUUGUGUUGGUCGUAGUGGUGGUUUGUGCAUGUUCUGGAAAUCUUCUGCUAUUUGUAAACUUAUUGGUUAUUCUAAUAAUCACAUUGAUAUGCAUGUUGAGGAUGAUAGAGGUGUCUGGCGUUUAACUGGUUUCUACGGUUUUCCGGAGCGCAACCGCCGGCGGGAUUCCUGGCAGUUGCUCCGAAGGCUUGCAGGGAUUAACCCUCACCCCUGGAUUAUUAUGGGGGACUUCAAUGAUCUUCUCGACCCCGGUGAUAAGCAGGGUAGAGUCGAUCAUCCUAAUUGGUUAUUUACUGGUUUUCGUUCUGCGAUCCUUGAUUGUGGGUUGUCCGACAUUCCUUUGAGAGGAUAUCAGUUUACUUGGUCUCGUGGCCUGGGUACGACAAAUUUUGUUGAAGAAAGACUGGAUAGAGGUAUGGCUUCUUCUAGCUGGAAGUCUCUUUUCCCUGAUGCUCUCCUCAUCCCUCUUACGGUCCCUAUGUCAGAUCAUGUCCCGCUUUUGUUGAAAUGUUUGAAUAUGGCGCCUCCUAUGGCUAUGAGAAGUUUUCGUUUUGAGAAUAAAUGGUGUUUGGAACCGGAUUUCCCAAAUGUCGUCCGAGACUGUUGGACAAACUUGCAUGGAGUGAAUAUUAUGGAGAGACUUACGGCGGUCUCUAAUUCUAUCUCGUCAUGGGCUUAUCAUCUUCGAAGGAACAAGGAACAGGAUAAAGUGAAACUCCAUGCUAUUAUCUCUACUUUUCAGGGGCGGUCGGAUCUGGUUUCUGUUCGUAAAUUCAAAGCUGCCAGAGAAGAGUUGGGUCGGAUGCUUCUCAGUGAAGAUGCGCAUUGGAAGCAGAGACCGAAGCAGUAUUGGUUGAAAGAUGGCGAUCUUAAUACUAAAUUCUUCCAUGCUAUGGCGACGACGCGGAAAAAGAAGAAUGCUAUUUCCAAAUUGCAGCGAACAGAUGGGAGCUGGACAACAGAUAUUGCUGAUAUAAAAAUCAUGGCCUAUGAUUAUUUUGUACAGUUGUUUGAUGUGCCUCACGGAGCAAAUGAUUUCCAUCAAGUGUUAGACAGAUUGAGUCCGUGUAUUGAUGGGGAAAAGAAUGCCGAGCUUACUAGGGAUUUUCAUAUUGACGAGUUUCGAGCUGCGUUAUUUCAGAUGCAUCCCGAUAAAUCUCCUGGACCCGAUGGUUUGAACCCGAAGUUUUUCCAGUCCUCUUGGAAGGUUUUGGGUGAAGAUGUUUUCGAGAGCUGUUCCUCGUGGCUCAGAGAUGGUUCUUUCCCCGCUGGACUAAAUCAUACCUCGAUUGCUCUCAUUCCUAAGAUCGACACUCCGGCUUCAAUGAAGGAUCUUCGGCCUAUUGCUCUGUGCAAUGUCCUGUAUAAAAUCAUCUCAAAGGUCUUAUGCAAUAGACUUAAAGGUGUGCUGCCAACCCUUAUUGAUCGUGCGCAAUCGGUCUUUGUUGAAGGUAGAUUGAUUCAAGAUAAUAUUUUGAUAGCGUUUGAAGCCAUUCAUACGAUGAAAAGGAAAACCCGUGGCAAGUAUGGCUCUUUUGCUUUUAAAAUUGAUAUAAGCAAAGCUUAUGAUAGAGUCAAUUGGAGUUAUUUAGAUGCUGUGUUGAGGAGAUUGGGUUUUUGCGAUAAGUGGCGCGACUGGAUGCGUUUAUGUGUUCAAACUGUUUCAUAUGAUGUUCUUGUGAAUAAUUGUGUGGUUGGGCCUAUUACGCCGGGAAGAGGGCUCCGGCAAGGAGAUCCGCUAUCACCCUAUUUAUUUAUUUUGUGUGCGGAGGGGCUCUCUGCUAUGGUGAAGCAUGAAACGGCAAGGGGUUCGCUGCAUGGGGUGCAAUUGGGGCGGGGUGGCCCGUCUAUCGAGUAUCUUAUGUUCGCUGACGAUUGCUUAUUUUUUUGCCGUGCGGCUGCAAAUGAGUGUGAAAUUCUCAAGAGGGUGCUGCGGGACUACGAAGAAGCCUCGGGACAGGCCAUCAAUCUUCAGAAAUCUGGGAUUUUCUUUAGUUCGAAUGUAAGUGAGCAGGUCAGGACGGAGGUCUCUGCCAUUAUGGGAGUCUCUCUUCCACUGAAUACUGGGCGCUACCUUGGCCUUCCUUCUCUCGUGGGCCGAAAGAAGCGGGAAAUUUUUAACUACCUCUGUGAUCAUCUCUGGAACAAAAUUCAAGGUUUAACUGAUGAUUUGGAGAAGAUGCUUAAUUCUUUUUGGUGGAGUAACAAGAGUGCUUCUGUAAAAGGAAUAAAUUGGCUCAAGUGGGAGAGGCUUUGUGUGGAUAAGAAGUUGGGGGGUCUUGGAUUUCGAAGCCUACAGUUGCUGAACGUGGCUAUGCUCGGAAAAACUUGUUGGCGCCUAAUCGAUGAGCCGGAAGCUCUUGUUUGUCAGGUGUUAAGAGCUAAAUAUUUUCCCAAUGGGGAUUUUCUGUCUGCUAAGGUGGGUCAUAGUCCAAGCUAUACGUGGAGGAGUAUCAUGUCGGCGCAGGAUCUGGUUAGACGAGGGACUCGGUGGCGGAUUGGGCAAGGGACUCGGAUCCGUCUCUUCCAUGAUCCAUGGCUGCGAUCAAAGGUUUCUUUUCGUCCUUCCAUGGAGGUGUGUCCCCCGGAGUUUGCUGAUAUAAGGGUAAAUGAGGUCUUGCUUCCUGGUACUAAUCAAUGGAAUGUGGAGAUUUUACAGGAGCUGGUAAAUGCAAAUGACUUCCAUGAUAUCAUUAGCACUCCGAUCUUUCCAAAUAUGGGGGAUGACAAACUUAUCUGGCAUUCCACGAAGAACGGUCGUUACUCGGUGAAGUCCGCCUAUCAACUAGCGAGCUCUCUUACACUUGAUGGUAUGCAUAAUGUUGAUGGGCAGUGGGGGAAUCUUUGGAAGCUUGAUGUCCCUCCAAAAGUAAAGCAUUUUCUUUGGCGUGCUGUGCGUAAUAAUCUUCCUUCCAAAGAAAAACUUCUGUCGCGUGGUGUAGCUGCUGGAGGUGAUUGUCCCAUCUGUGCUAGUGGUUAUGAGAAUAUGUGGCAUUUGUUCUUGUUCUGCCAGUUCGCUACCAACUGUUGGCAGAUCAGUGGCUUGAGGGCUAUUAUGGAUCCAAUUAUUGAGGGGAGCGAGUCAUUUGAGGAAGUGGUCUUCAAGAUUGUGAGUCAUUCGGAGGGUGAGUUUAAAGUUAAAGCUGUCAUGUUAAUGUGGCAAAUUUGGAGGGAUAGAAAUGGAGUAGUAUGGAAGAACGACAAUCCUAUUCCGACGCGGUCGAUCUUGGGGGCUGCUCAGGCUUGGUCAGACUGGAAACUUGCCCGAGCUCCUGUUAUCAGUCGUAACUCCUCUUCGGUUUCUGCUGCGAUUGAUCGCUUGUUAGGUAUCGGUAUUGUGAUUCGCAAUCACUUAGGGGAGUUUGUGCUUGGCAAAACUAUAAUUCUUCCAGGUUGUAGAAGUGUGGAAGAAGGUGAGCUUGUUGGGAUAAAGGAAGCAUUAUCUUGGAUCAAAGGGCUUGGUUACGAAAAAGGUGUGAUUGAAUCGGAUUGCAAACGUGCCUGUGAUGUCAUCAAUUCGAUUGAGAGGAAUAUUUCGGAAGUUGGUGUCAUCGCUUCUUUGUGCCGUUCCGAGCUUGUGCUUAUGCCGGGUUUUCAUGUUGUUCAUGUUAAGCGUGAUCUAAACGCUAUCGCUCAUAGUUUAGCGAAAGUUUCGAGAGAUUUUUCCUCACAUCAUGUUUGGACUGAACCCCCGAUUUCUGUGGUGGGUCAUCUCCAUCUCCCAUGUUCGUGUGAUCAAUAA